AUGGACCCCUUGACUACUCUUUCGCUUGCAGGCAAUAUUAUCCAGUUUGUCGAUUUCGGAACGAAGCUGUUCUCGGAAGCCAGACAGCUCUACAACUCAUCAGUCGGGUCUUUGAAGUCCCACGACGAGAUAGAACUGAUCACCAACGAUGUCAAAGCACUCGUGAAGAAUCUCCAGCAAGCCUUUGCCGCGGACACAAGAGGUGUUCAAAAUUACUCCGCAAAUUAUUGGGAGAAUUUCCGGAAAAUAUGUGAUGAGGCUGUCAGCGUGGCAGAGGACCUGCUUGAGCUUUUGAAGGAGCUCAAACUCGUCCCGAGUGGUAAACGUCUGGCUUGGUCCAGCGUACAAGUGGCCCUCCGCAGUCUUUGGAGUGAAAAGAAGAUUGCGGCAUACAUAAAGCGUCUCGCGGCCUUGAAAGACGUCUUGGAGUCACGAGUUCUAUUCUCAAUCCGGUGCGCUGUUCGAACAUCAGCUCGCUUCGAUUGUCUUGAUCGACAAACGCAACGGAUUAUCUCCGCAAUGCUAGGACAACAUACUGCGAUGAGCAAAGCUGUUUCUGGAGUUAUUCGAGACGAAAUCACCGCGCUCACAAUCACCCUCUCUCAAAUUCUCAGCCGGCGUGAAUUCAAGAGUGAGGAUGACCAUCUCCGAACUCGGCAGAUUAUUCUCCAGCAGCUUUGCCAGCGAGAGCAUCAGAGCUACCCUUCUGGAGGUGACAUUGUCGCAGGCAUCGAGAUGCUUCAAGUUUCUGAUACACAAGAAAACCGCCUCCGUGAUUUUUUACAGAGGGGAUUCAUUAGAAGUCUUUGGUAUGAAGAAAUGACUCAUCGCUAUGAGGACAUAGUCGAGGCACAUCCGGAGACGUACGAAUGGGCUUUUCAUGAUCCUCCCCAGGAUGCUCAUUCAUGGAGCAGCUUGUACGACUGGCUCAAGACUGGUCGCGGAGUGUACUGGGUGAGUGGAAAGGCUGGUUCUGGGAAAUCGACACUAAUGAAGCAUCUAUUCGACGACCCUCGAAUGAAGAAGUGUUUAGAGGCCUGGGCUGCCGAUACUCCGCUCUGCAUUACAACCUACUUCUUCUGGAACUCCGGAACGAGAAUGCAGAAGUCCCAGCUUGGCUUUCUACGAGCUUUGCUGUUCCAAGUUUUGCAAAAGCAUCCAGAUCUGAUUCCCGUAGUGUUUCCUAUAGACUGGGCAACCUUGUAUUCUAAGAAUGCGCGAGAUACCUCGAAGGAGCUCGGGGACUUAUGUUUCGACCUGCAAUGGAAUCCCAAGUCGCUCAUAGGUGGUUUCCGAGCUCUUGCUUCGCAGAAAACAAUACCUUUAAAGAUCUGUUUUCUAAUUGACGGGCUCGACGAAUUCCUUCUUCUUUCUUUACCUUUAGAUUCUAAGAGAUAG